AUGAAUGGAGCCCACAGAUUCGGCUCAAAGUGUGAUCGACCAAAAGCCACUGACAUACACUUCAAGAUGCAGGCCCCUGUGGAGCAUCGAUGGAGCCCCUACGCCGACAAUGGUGGCACUUGCUUGGGUGUGGCAGGCGAGAACUUCGUCGUGGUGGCAGCUGACACCCGUUUGAGCCAAGGGUACAGCAUUCACACCCGCAACUGCAGCAAGGUCACCCGCCUCACAGACAAGUGCGUGAUUGCCUCCUGCGGCAUGAAAUCCGAUGCCAUUACUCUGCACAAGCACUUGAAGGCACGCUUGGUCAUGUAUGAACAUCAGCACAGGCGACAGGCAUCUGUGACUGCAAUUGCGCAGAUGCUCUCAACGACAUUGUACUACAAGCGCUUCUUCCCGUACUACACAUUCAAUGUGCUCUGUGGCGUUGAUGACGAAGGCAAGGGAGCUGUGUAUCACUAUGACGCAAUUGGAAGCUUUGAGCGAGUCCCCUACACGACCAGUGGCAGCGGUAGUGCUUUGGUCAUGAGUGUCUUGGAUGCGCAGAUCGACAAGGAGAACCAAACGAUUGACACACCGGCUUUGGAUAAGGCUGGCAUUGUGGAGCUUUGCAAGGAUGUGCUUUCCUCCGUGGGAGAACGUGACAUUUACACCGGCGACUCUGGUGAAAUCUUCCUCAUUGACGCAGCCGGCAUCUCCAAGACUGAAUUCGAUCUCAAGUUGGACUGA